AUGGUUGGCUUUGCGUCGAAGGAAAGGAAGGGCGCUACUAGUUUACCAGCUUCUGCAGAGGACUUUAAGGAAUGGGUGCAAGACUUAGAGUUAGUAGAUUUACUGCUAUCAGAUCAGAAGUUCACAUGGUUUCGAGGUCGAUCAUGUAGCCGCAUUGAUAGAAUCCUUGUCAGUUUAGAGUGGCUUGAGGAGUUCCUGGAUACUCGGAUGAAAGGGGGACCUAGAGGUCUAUCAGAUCAUUGUCUGUUGAUUUUAGAGGAUACGAGGGUGAGUAUGGGCCCUAGACCUUUUCGAAAUCUGGAUUCUUGGUUUACUCAUGGAGAAUUUUUGAGGAUGGUGAAGGAUGAGUGGAGAAACUUGGGGGAUAGCCAAUUCACUAAUAAGCUGAAGGCCUUGUCUGUACCGCUGAGAAGAUGGCAUAAAGACAACUGUGGGGACAUGGACAAUAGAAUCAAGAAAUUGGAGGAAGAGAUUAAGAAAGUCGAUGACAUGGUUAGUUCUGGUAAUUAUGACGGGACGGUGGAGGCCAGACGGAAGGCUCUUGUGACUUGCUGUGCGAAGUGGUACACCAGGAAGGAGAUUCAUUGGAAGCAGAUGUCUCGAUCUCAACAUGACUUUUCAAAAGUCUUGGAUCUUACACAACAUGCUAAAGAUAUGGACAAGAAUACGAGGUACUUUCAUAACUUAGCAUCGGCUAGAAGGAGGAACAAUAAAAUCGACUCUCUACUAAUCAAUGGAAGAUUGGUGCGGAAUCAGGCCAGAAUAAAGAUUGCAAUUAGAGGGUUUUAUAAGGAGCUGUACCGACAGGAAUAUGCUCCUAUGAUUGGAUUCCGUGGUGGGUUGGUCAGGCAAAUUGGUGAGGAAGAGGCAGCAAGGUUAGAGAAAUGUUGGGGUGAGAUUGGCCAGGAAUUUACAGAAGCUGUGAUGGGGUUUUUCCAAAAUGCUAGGUUACCUACGGACGCUAAUAUAACAUGGGUGACGUUAGCUCCAAAAUUUGUGGGAGCUAAGGAAAUAAAAGACAUUCGACCAAUUAGUAUGGUUGGUUGUGUGAUAUCGAAAGUUUUGGUGAGAAGAAUGCGGGUAGUGAUGUCAGGUAUACUGGGAGAGACUCAAUCUGCGUUUGUUCAGGGCCGCAAAAAACAUGAUGGUGCGCUUAUUGCUUGUGAGACGGUCCAAUGGCUGAAGUUGUGCAAGAAGAAGGCUACAAUUAUCAAGUUAAACUUUUAG